GUUUGUUUGUGAAAAACUGUAGGCGGGGCGUAUGCUAGGCUGUUUUUCAGUAGUGAAUCUGGGGCUGCGAGAGGAGAACGCAGGUUUUCGAAGCAGAUUUUCCGAACCUCACAGAUAAAAUGGAUGUUCAACAUGUCUGAAGUGUACAAAGCUAUAUUCUUUCUCACAGCUUCCACCUUCCACAAGCCUUUGGCCAAGAAUGAGGGAUCUCCAAGGCCUGGAUACUUCACUCUUGAAGGAGCUGAAGUUAUGUUGUGCCAAAGAGACCAACUUUCUUCCCAGGGAAUCUGGCCUCAAGCUGAUGGAAUCACUCACAGAGGGUCAUAAUGGUGUCUCAGCAAAAUCCAGAGACACCAGAGUGGAAGAUCUAUGGAGCCUGACCAGUUUCUUUGGCUAUAGCACACAGACAUUUGUUCAGUCUGUUAAUUUGCUGGACAGAUUUCUUACUAUUAUGAAGGUGCAGCCCAAACACUUGCCCUGCAUUGGAGUUUGCUGUCUACACAUUGCAGCUAAAAUGGUAGAGGAAGAGAACAAUAUUUCACCUACUCAUGAACUCAUCCGGAUCAGCCAAAGCAAGUUCACUGUGUCAGAUCUUGGUCGUAUGGAGAAGAUCAUCUCUGAGAAGUUGAGUGUGGAGCCAAAAGCUGUGACGGCCUUAACAUUCCUACACCUUUAUUAUAGAGCCUUUACGUCCAUGAUUUCCCCAAGGGAGGAGAUGCCAAGCAUUGUGAGACUGGAAGCCCAGCUGAAAGCCUGUUUAUGUCGCCUUGUUUUCUCAAAAGCAAAACCAUCUGUGCUGGCACUUGCCCUUAUUGCCCAUGAGAUUGAAACACUUAAGUCUAUGACCAUGUCCAAGACUGUUCAGCAGUUCCAAAGGCACCUUAAGAUAAGUGACAGUUUGCUUUUGCACUGGAAAGAGCUGGUGGCUCGCUGCAUGGCAGCAUACUGCUCAAGUGAGUGUGUCAAGCCCGACCAUAGGAAGCUGGUAUGGAUUGUUUCAAGGAGAACGGCUCAAAGUCUUCAGGCCAAUCAUUUCAGGGUCCCCAUCCUGCCAACCAUCCCUGAGGGAAACUGGGAUGAAAUUGAAAGUGACUCCUAUGAGGAUAUAAGCAGUGGAGAAGAGAGUCCAUGUGGUUCUCCAGGAAGUGAUGGAGAAGGAUCUUUCUUUCCUACUUCGUUUUUGAAAUGCAGAAAAUAAUGUGGCAGUUCUAGUAGCUAUGUUUGUCUCACCCUAAAUUGUAAUGCAAGUUAAAAAAGCUAAUACUUUGAAGGUCUGCGAGUUGUGCUGUGGAAAUGACAGGUGGCAUGUGAAUGUCAUCAAGUGCCUGUAUUUUUUAAAGUUGAAAGUUGGUUGAUUUUGGUGUUAUGCAUAUCAUUUAAAAUUGCAAUAUCUUGGCAGCUUAAAUGCAACCGUCUAUUCUAAGAGGCUUUUUGUUUGUGUCUAACUCUGGCACAUUCCAAAUAAAUACGAAGCACAAGGGACAUUUUUGAGGUUUGCGAUAAAUGAAAUGACAAUUAAACAAAUAACUGCAUUUACUCUGUACUUUGGCAAUGUUUCAAUAAUACCUGUAUGAGUGUUAGAUGUAUGUGACAUUAUAGGAUGGUAAUACUAGUACUACUAGAGUAAGUGCAUGGAGUAUAUGAAACUUAUGAAUGGUUGUACCAGUAUAAGCUGUAAAAAUGUUGAAAAAAUGUAUAUAAUUUGUAAAAACGAAAAAAAAAAUCUAUGUUUUGUGCACCCUGUAAAAUGUGUAUUGUUAAUGCAAUAUUAUUAAAAUACUUUUUUCAUAUUU